GCGGCAGUGGUUGGGCGGCGAGGGUUGGUGUGUGAUGCGGCACUGCGGUUCUGUGGCCGUUAGUCCCUCUCCUCUAGAGAGGGUGGAGGCGGAGGCUGGAGCGCAGCGGUGAUUUUUAUGCCAGAGCUUCCCAGAGACGGACUGAAAAGGCUGGCGGGGUUUAGGAAGCUGGGGGAUUAGGGACACACUUUCAGGCCCCCACCCCCCGGGAGGGGAAGGGGGCUGGAGGCUAGGUUUGAGGGCGGUGGGAGAACGGUGGAGGGAUGGUGUCUGCCUGGGGGAGAGGGGCGAGCGGUGCCUGUCGGUGGUGAGGGGCUGCGGAUAGGGGAGGUUCCGUAGGUCUAGCGGCUCCAUGCUCAGUGGUGUGUGGAACGUGCUGAGCGGAACGCUGAGGUCGAGCCUGGCCACCACUUGGAAUCUUUAACGUAGUAUCUAACGUGCUAUUUUAUUUAGCCCACGUUGAGAUUAAUUCAUAGGUAGUUUCGUUGAUCUUGCUCCUACAGGAGCUGGACAACCUUGACGGGCUUUUUGUCUUGCUGCUCCAGCCCCCUUUCCCUUCCUCCUCCUCCAGAUGCCUUUUCUCUGCCCCUCCUCGCCUGGUAAAGACAUUUCCAGCGCAGGCUGCCGCUCUUGGCGGCUGUUGAAGCCACUUCUCGGGAUUUUGGUUCUUUUCCCUCUUAGGUGUUUUUUGAGGAGGGAGAGUUUUUUCCCCCUCCACGAUGGGAUAGUCCUCCCUUACGAAAAUGGACUUCUAUUGAUUUUUACUUACUUCAACGUUUAGUGACCAAUUCCUUAAGCGUAUUUUUGUGGUAGUUCCUUUUUUCUUUUCACAUACAUAAUCUGUAAAAUGGAGAACGAGAUUUUUACUCCCCUUCUGGAGCAGUUCAUGACCAGUCCCUUGGUUACUUGGGUUAAAACGUUUGGACCUCUGGCUGCAGGAAAUGGGACCAACCUGGAUGAAUAUGUGGCUUUGGUGGAUGGGGUAUUCCUGAACCAGGUUAUGCUCCAAAUUAAUCCUAAAUUGGAAAGUCAGAGAGUAAAUAAAAAAGUUAACAAUGAUGCAUCACUUAGAAUUCAUAAUCUGUCCAUUUUGGUGAAACAGAUAAAGGUUUAUUACCAGGAAACUUUGCAGCAGUUGAUCAUGAUGUCAUUGCCAAAUGUCUUAAUCAUCGGCAAAAAUCCCUUUUCUGAACAAGGCACAGAAGAAGUUAAAAAGCUGCUUUUACUUAUACUGGGUUGUGCAGUUCAGUGUCAGAAAAAAGAAGAAUUUAUUGAAAGAAUUCAAGGUUUAGAUUUUGAUACAAAAGCAGCAGUUGCCGCACAUAUUCAAGAGGUAACACAUAAUCAGGAAAAUGUAUUCGAUCUACAGUGGAUGGAAGUGACUGAUAUGUCUCAAGAGGACCUAGAACCACUCUUAAAAAAUAUGGCAUUGCAUCUAAAAAGACUUAUAGAUGAGAGAGAUGAACAUUCAGAGACUAUAAUAGAACUCUCUGAAGAGCGAGAUGGUCUUCAUUUUCUACCCCAUGCCUCAUCAUCUGCACAGUCACCCUGUGGUUCUCCAGGCAUGAAGAGAACAGAAAGUCGACAGCAUCUGUCAGUGGAACUAGCAGAUGCUAAGGCCAAGAUAAGAAGGCUUAGGCAGGAACUGGAGGAAAAGACUGAACAAUUACUGGACUGUAAACAAGAACUUGAACAAAUGGAAAUAGAACUUAAAAGGCUGCAACAAGAGAACAUGAAUUUGCUUUCGGAUGCUCGUUCUGCCAGAAUGUACCGAGAUGAAUUAGAUGCACUUCGAGAGAAGGCAAUCAGAGUUGAUAAGCUUGAAAGUGAAGUCAGCAGAUACAAAGAGAGGUUACAUGAUAUUGAAUUUUAUAAGGCAAGAGUUGAGGAAUUAAAAGAAGACAAUCAAGUUUUAUUGGAAACGAAAACCAUGCUGGAAGACCAAAUAGAAGGAAAUCGAGCUCGUUCUGAUAAGUUACAUGAAUUAGAAAAGGAGAAUUUACAACUAAAGGCUAAACUGCAUGAUAUGGAGAUGGAACGUGAUAUGGAUAGAAAAAAGAUAGAAGAAUUAAUGGAAGAAAAUAUGACUUUGGAAAUGGCACAGAAGCAAAGUAUGGAUGAAUCAUUACAUCUUGGCUGGGAGCUGGAGCAGAUAUCUAGAACUAGUGAACUUUCUGAAGCACCACAGAAAUCCUUGGGCCAUGAAGUGAAUGAGUUGACAUCAAGUAGAUUAUUGAAGCUGGAGAUGGAAAACCAGACUUUAGCAAAAACUGUAGAAGAGCUACGUAGUACUGUGGACUCUGUAGAAGGAAACGCUUCCAAAAUCCUGAAAAUUGAAAAGGAAAAUCAAAGACUAAAUAAAAAGGUUGAAAUUCUUGAAAAUGAGAUUAUUCAAGAAAAGCAAAGUCUUCAGAAUUGUCAGAAUUUAAGCAAGGAUCUCAUGAAGGAGAAAGCUCAGCUUGAAAAAACAAUAGAAACACUUAGAGAAAAUUCAGAGAGACAGAUUAAAAUAUUAGAACAGGAAAAUGAACAUCUGAAUCAAACUGUCUCUUCCCUAAGGCAACGCUCCCAGAUAAGUGCUGAAGCACGGGUGAAAGACAUUGAAAAAGAAAACAAAAUUCUCCAUGAAUCUAUCAAAGAAACAAGUAGCAAGUUAAGCAAGAUUGAAUUUGAAAAACGACAAAUUAGAAAAGAAUUGGAACAUUAUAAAGAAAAAGGAGAACGAUCUGAAGAACUUGAGAAUGAGUUGCAUCAUCUUGAAAAAGAAAAUGAAUUGUUACAGAAAAAGAUAACUAAUUUAAAAAUUACUUGUGAAAAAAUUGAAACGUUAGAACUGGAAAAUUCAGAGCUGGAAAGAGAAAACAGAAAAUUAAAAAAAACAUUAGAUAGCUUUAAAAAUCUUAGUUUUCAGUUAGAAUCCCUAGAAAAAGAGAAUUCCCAACUUGAUGAGGAAAACUUGGAAUUGAGAAGAAAUGUGGAAUCCUUGAAGUGUGCAAGCAUGAAAAUGGCUCAGCUACAAUUAGAAAAUAAAGAAUUGGAGAGUGAAAAAGAGCAACUUAAGAAAGGUUUGGAGCUCAUGAAAGCAUCAUUCAAGAAAACAGAACGCUUAGAAGUUAGUUACCAGGGUUUAGAUACAGAAAAUCAAAGGCUACAGAAAGCUCUAGAGAACAGCAAUAAAAAAAUUCAGCAGUUAGAGAGUGAACUACAAGAUUUAGAGAUGGAAAAUCAAACACUGCAAAAAAACCUAGAAGAGUUAAAAAUAUCUAGCAAAAGACUAGAACAGCUAGAGAAAGAAAAUAAAUCAUUAGAACAAGAGACUUCUCAGCUGGAAAAGGAUAAGAAACAACUGGAGAAGGAAAAUAAGAGACUUCGACAACAAGCAGAAAUAAAGGAUACCACAUUAGAAGAAAAUAAUGUGAAAAUAGGAAAUUUGGAAAAAGAAAACAAAACCCUAUUCAAGGAAAUUGGUGUCUAUAAAGAAUCCUGCAUUCGCCUGAAAGAAUUAGAGAAAGAAAAUAAAGAGCUUGUGAAAAGAGCAACGAUUGAUAUAAAAACUUUGGUUACGUUACGUGAGGAUUUGGUGAGUGAAAAAUUGAAGACUCAACAAAUGAACAAUGAUCUUGAAAAAUUAACUCAUGAACUUGAAAAAAUAGGGUUAAAUAAAGAACGACUCUUACAUGAUGAGCAGAGUACUGAUGACAGGUACAAACUUUUGGAAUCAAAAUUAGAAUCUACUCUAAAGAAGUCUCUUGAAAUAAAAGAAGAAAAAAUUGCUGCUUUAGAAGCUCGAUUAGAAGAAUCCACAAAUUAUAACCAGCAAUUGCGCCAAGAGCUUAAAACAGUGAAAAAAAAUUAUGAAGCUCUCAAACAGAGACAAGAUGAAGAAAGGAUGGUACAGAGCUCUCCUCCAGGAUCUGGUGUGGAUAACAAAUGGGAGCGAGAAAGUCAGGAAACUACCAGAGAGCUUCUGAAAGUUAAAGACAGGUUAAUUGAAGUAGAAAGAAAUAAUGCCACACUGCAAGCAGAGAAGCAAGCAUUGAAAACUCAACUGAAGCAACUUGAGACCCAGAACAAUAAUUUGCAGGCUCAGAUUCUUGCACUUCAGAGACAGACGGUAUCAUUACAGGAGCAGAAUACCACUCUUCAGACACAGAAUGCCAAGCUUCAGGUUGAAAAUUCUACCCUUAAUUCUCAAAGUACCUCACUCAUGAACCAGAAUGCACAACUCCUAAUCCAGCAGUCUUCCUUAGAAAAUGAAAAUGAAUCUGUAAUCAAAGAAAGAGAAGACCUGAAAUCUCUCUACGAUUCUCUGGUCAAAGAUCAUGAAAAGCUGGAACUUCUUCAUGAACGACAGGCUUCAGAGUAUGAAUCUCUCAUUGCUAAACAUGGAACACUAAAGUUUGCCCACAAAAAUCUUGAGGUGGAACAUAAAGAUCUUGAAGAUCGUUACAAUCAGUUAUUAAAACAGAAAGGACAAUUGGAAGAUUUGGAAAAAAUGCUCAAAGUAGAACAGGAAAAAAUGCUGCUUGAAAACAAAAACCAUGAGACUGUAGCUGCAGAAUACAAAAAACUUUGUGGUGAAAAUGAUAGGUUGAAUCAUACAUAUAGUCAGCUUUUGAAAGAGACUGAAGCUUUACAAACUGACCAUAAAAAUUUGAAGAGUCUUCUAAAUAAUUCCAAACUGGAACAAACAAGAUUAGAAGCUGAAUUUUCAAAGCUAAAGGAACAGUACCAACAGCUGGAUAUCACAUCUACCAAGCUGAAUAACCAGUGUGAGUUGCUAAGCCAACUUAAAGGAAACUUAGAAGAAGAAAAUCGACAUCUGCUGGAUCAAAUUCAGACAUUAAUGUUACAGAACAGAACACUAUUGGAGCAGAAUAUGGAAAGCAAGGAUCUUUUUCACGUUGAACAAAGACAGUACAUUGAUAAACUGAAUGAAUUAAGACGACAGAAGGAGAAAUUAGAAGAGAAAAUUAUGGAUCAGUACAAAUUUUAUGACCCAUCACCUCCUAGAAGGAGAGGCAACUGGAUUACCCUAAAAAUGAGAAAAUUGAUAAAGUCUAAGAAAGAUCUUAAUCGAGAACGUCAGAAAUCUCUAACAUUAACACCCACCCGCUCAGAUUCCAGUGAAGGCUUUCUUCAACUCCCCCAUCAAGAUAGUCAAGAUAGUUCUUCAGUAGGUUCAAACUCUUUAGAAGAUGGCCAAACCAUGGGGACCAAGAAAAGCAGCAUGGUUGCACUGAAAAGACUGCCCUUUUUGAGGAACAGACCGAAGGAUAAAGACAAAAUGAAGGCCUGCUACCGUCGUUCCAUGUCCAUGAAUGACCUGGUGCAGUCCAUGGUCCUAGCAGGAGGACAGUGGACAGGUAGUACUGAGAAUUUGGAGGUUCCUGAUGAUAUUUCAACGGGUAAAAGGAGAAAAGAAUUGGGAGCUAUGGCCUUCUCUACUACAGCCAUCAACUUUUCAACUGUCAACUCUUCUACAGGCUUCAGAUCCAAGCAGUUGGUUAAUAAUAAAGAUACUACAUCCUUUGAAGAUAUAAGCCCACAAGGUAUUAGUGAUGAUUCUAGUACGGGAUCAAGAGUUCAUGCUUCGAGACCAGCCAGCCUUGAUAGUGGCAGAACAUCCACUAGCAAUAGCAAUAAUAAUGCUUCACUCCAUGAAGUCAAAGCAGGUGCUGUUAAUAGCCAAAGCAGGCCACAAAGCCAUAGCAGUGGAGAAUUUAGCAUGCUUCAUGAUCAUGAGGUGUGGUCCAGCAGUGGUAGCAGCCCAAUCCAGUACUUGAAAAGGCAGACCAGAUCAAGUCCAAUGCUCCAGCACAAAAUGCCUGAAACAUUAGAGAGUCGAGCACAUCACAAGAUCAAAACUGGUUCCCCUGGAAGUGAAGUAGUUACUCUACAGCAAUUUUUGGAAGAAAGCAACAAGCUUACCUCAAUACAGAUGAAGUCCUCAAGUCAAGAGAAUCUUUUAGAUGAAGUAAUGAAAAGUUUGUCUGUCUCUUCUGACUUUUUGGGAAAGGACAAACCAAUUAGCUGUGGUCUGACCAGGUCAGUAAGUGGAAGAACCCCAGGGGACUUCCGUGAUAGACGGACAACUAAGCCUGAACAAUUUAUGAGACCUUGUUCUCAAAAGACUGAAGAUACUCACUUCGUUGGUCCUCCAGGAAAACCUACACCAGGCCCUCAAGGAAAGAUAAAAUUAGUAAAAGAAACUUCUCUGUCACGACAAUCAAAAGAUAGUAAUCCUUAUGCUACUUUACCUCGUGCAAGCAGUGUGAUCUCUACUGCUGAAGGAACUACUCGAAGGACAAGCAUCCAUGACUUUUUGACCAAGGACAGUAGGCUACCUAUGUCAGCUGAUUCACCACCAGCUUCUGCUGAUAGCAUCACUGCAGCAUCUAAUGUGGACACAGUACAAGAAAGCAGAAUUUCAAAAAGCAGGUCUAGGGAGCAACAAAGCUCCUAAUUCUAUUACCCACUACAUGACAUGUGGGCCAAGUGAGAGAAAAGUGUCCUUCAGUUUCUCAGUAAGAAGCCUUUAUUUCUGAAGACAGCCAACUAUAGGAAUCAUUUUUUAAAAAAAUCUUUAAAAAGGAGACUUUUAACAAUCCUUCGUGAAUAGAGCAGGCAAUACAAACCUUCAUUCCUUCCUUGAAUCAAGGAGCACUACUGGAAUCAACUGCCAAAACUUUUAGGUUUUAGGACUUAUUAUACAUUGUAUUAUUAAGAUCUACUGAAUAAAGGAUGUUCUCGCACUAAGGACCAAGUGUUUUAUGGUUUCAAGAAGUACUCCAGGAACAGUCUACUUCUGUCUUUUAUCAUUUGUUUAUGAAUUUAUCCAUGUUUGCUUAACGCUUCUGCUAAGGAUUUGCCCAAAUCUAGCCAUUUAUAUUUAGUUGUGUAAAUCUAAAUUAAAUGCUGUAGUAUUUUGUGGAAUGUACUGUAUAUUAAGAUACAGAAAAAAAAAAUGUUUUGGCAUGUCGGAACCUUAUUUGGUUAGCAGACUGCAUGUGUUGAUUCUUUUUAAAAAGCCAAUUAUUUUGAUGCACUGCAAAAGAAAUUCAGUUCAUAAGAUAAAACGGAAAAAUCCAUUAGAGUUAUGAAAAAUUUAGUGAUAUGCUUUCCAUAUUCCUCACUAAGCAACACUAAGCAUUUACACAUGGAUCCAAGGUGUAAUUAAAGAGUGUUUUUCUUAAACUUUUUUAGUGAAGUGGUUUUCCAGCAAAUGGCAUUCCUAAGAAAAAGCUGUUACGUUUUAACUCAUUUCCCUUCUUCGAUAUUGAGUGAUGUAUGUGUGUUUGAAUUUUUUAACUUGAGAGCUAACUGUUGCUUAAGAAGUUUUCUUAUAGCAAAAAAUAAUGUAAAUAACUUAAUAUGCUCUGCAUUUUGCCAGGAACUCAUUUAUUAUUAAGGUUAUUGUUUAAUAAAAUUUUUUUGUUUUGUCCUUUAUAAUAUCACAUUAAAGCUGAUAACUAUUAUUGGUACUUUUGAAAUAUCUGUACGUAUUUGUUACCUUAAACAUUUGGAAGAAGCACAAAAAAAGUAGAUUUCAUUAACCCAGGGAAACAUUAAUUUUUUAGUAGUUCCAAUUUUGUAUCACAGUUUUAUUUUCGUAUGAAAUCAAAAAAUGCAUUGAUUCUUAUUAAUGCAAAUUCAUUAAUUAACAUAAAUAUCAGAAUAAUCUUAAAGGUCUGAAAUGACAAAAGAUACUGACUUGUUUAUUUUAAAAGUUCACUUCUUAGGCUCUCAUUACCAGCUCUAAAGUUCUUUUUGGAAUAACUCUAUAUUCCAUAGUGUGUGGUUUAUGAACUGUUUCAUUAUUAAUCCACUAGCAUAAGAAAAUUUGUGUGUCUCUUUUUUCCCCCCAUAGUCCAACAGCAAUGUCAAUGUGUGUUCCUAGUCUAUUUUCAGAAAAAAACCUUCAUUUAAAAAAAAAAAAGGAAACAGCAAAUUUAGUUGACCAGAAUUUGAAAUGGGAGUUAGAGAACUUGGACUUACUUAAUGCUGCCAUUAACUUAGGUUUUGCCAGCAAAUAAUGCUGUAAAGUUAAGUCACUUGGAUGAAACUCUUGGAUGAAAGGUGCUGUGUAAAUGUAAAUACAAAUAAUUAUUACUGAAAUACAAAUACUGCACAAAAGGCAUACUUAAAACCUAUUCUCUACACCUUACAUCUCUCUCUUCAUGAUGACUUCCUGGAUUCAAGUAUCAAAUUGGUAAUGGCCAUCAUACCAUUCUACAGACAUUUGCAUGUAAAAAAUGUAAAUUCAUUUUUAGGUGGAUAAAUUGAAAUUAAAUGUAGAAAUUGUGUUUUACCUAAAUACAGAAAGUAGGUAACUUAGAUUUAUAUUAACUAGCAUCUAAUUUGCACAACUAGGACAUAUCCCAGGACAAUUACUCAAAGUUGUAAUUUAAUGAGUAGGACAUAGCUCAGUGAAGGUGAAGGAUAUACCAGCUUGACCUCUCCAAAACACUAAUAUCCUAAAAUGGGGAAUCUGCUGACUUAAGAAGCACCGUUUAGACUCAAGUAGAAAAUGCUUAAGGGCAACCUGUAAAAUACUGAAUGUGAUUAGGAUGAUGCUGAGAAAAGGCAAUUAAAGAGACAACCAAGGAAACCCAUUGAAGACUGCAGAACUGAAGAUAUUCCCAAUUGUAUUUAUUAUCUUUUAUUUACCAUUUCAAGAAAGGACUAAUUAUAACCACAUGAAUAUUUUAUUUUCUCCAAAAGAUACCUUUGAAAUUAAACUUUAUAUGAAACCACUCUUUUCUCCAAGACAAACUUCCUUGGCCAAAUAAAAUGGUGUAAAACCAACUGGAAACUGACUUGGGCCAUCUGCUUUUAAUUAUUUGGCUCUAUUCUAAAUCAACACCUUCAGUUUCCACCGGAAUACUUAAGAAUUCAGUACACAGGGUAAUAGUCUCAGCCCAGAGCUCCAACAUUGUGCUUUAUAUUGGCCAUGUGAAAAUGUUUACUCCAAGUUGAUGAAUUAGUGGUUACCAAAGAAUUAAUGAAAUAGGUUUUUGUGUAGCACCUUUCAUGCCAAGGCAUGGUAAAAACCUAUUUAAAAAUCACUGUGUGUAUUACUGAAUUGUAGUCACCUCACAAAUGAAGUUAUCACAGUCCGUACUGUCUUAGCAGUUUAUGUCAGGAAGUGGAAAAGAUACGUACCAAAUCUGGAAUUACCAUGAAGAGUAAUAAUGUAUGCUAAAUAACUUGUAUUUUAAGUUACUUAAGAGAAAAGUGGUAGAUUUUUGUGUUUUUCUUUUCAGCUUAGUCUUGAAAUGUAUUUUUUUUCCUUUAAACCUGAAUGAGUAAUACAAAAGCAGCCCAUUUAUAUUAAUAACCUUGAUGUACAUGUUGAGAUAUUUGGACAAUGAAAAUGCCUUAAAAGGAAUGCUUAUGGAUAAAGUUGCACUUAAAAUACCCUUUAACAAAAUCUGAUUUUAAAUUGUCUUUUUCUUUUCUAUGAAGAAUUCUCUUUUUCAAUGUUUGUCAUUGUACUUAACAUUAUUAAAUACCAAAUCAAAUAAUAUAAAAACUGUAAUUUCUUUUAAAACUAAUGCUGAGAGAUUUGGAGUUAAAUGGUAAAAUGUUUAUUACUUGAUACCUGAUAGCCACAGAAACCCAACUCCUAACAAAAGUGACACCGUUCUGUCUGCUUGUCUUAUUAAAACCACAUUAAUUUUCCUUUUAGUUCUUAACUUUGUUUCUCCUAAAAAACUGAUUAAAUUUGGUUUAACAUUCAGUUAAACUGAUAUAAAAAUAAAACAAAAUGAAUUUUUGUAACAA